AUGAUCCGGAGACGUGGGCACAAGCGUAAAGGAAGCCAGGAUGCAGGUGGUGCGGCAGGGAACGAUGGCGGUAAGGACAAGAAGGGCGGCGGAAAACACAAAGCGUCGUCUUCUUCAUCAUCGGCGUCAGCACCAACCACGACAAAGGUUGGCGUGCCCACCUCAAAGUCGGCGUCGUCGCUGCUGUCGUCCAUGUCGCCGUCCUCGGCAGCACACAGCGCAUCACCGUCGUCAUCACCUGGGCUUGGGUGGCGCAGGCGAAAGACCUCCGGCGGCCAGUCCGAUGCGCUUCUGGAGAAGGCGCGACAGCAGCUGAAACAGCAGAGGCUGAUGGCGCAGCAGGAGAGCGGCGCCGAAAACGGUGGUGACAACCAUGGCCCGCUCACGCCAACGCUACAGCAGGUUGAGGCUAUGAAUGACGUUGAGCUUCGCGAACACAUCUUCGUCAACCUUCAGGACAGCAACACCUUUGCCGGCUGGCGUCGCUGGGCCAUCAGGGAGUUCUGCACAACUGGAACGCUGCAGAAGAUGCAAGCCGGCGACGUGUUUGCAUGUCGUGGCGAUGAUACGGUGGUGCUUGGCAUUGGGACGGUGACAACUGACACAGCAGCGCACGACGUGAACCCUGGCGACCGUCUGCUGCAAGGGCAGGAUGCCACGUGCACGUCUGAUGUUGCUGUCAUCGUGUCGCUCCCGCCGCUGAAAUACAGCGCUCUCGCAGCAGACGCGUCGUUUGCAACGCCGACCAAAGCCCCUCCCGCCCGCCGCGCAGGACACAUUGCACCCAGACCACCACCGGCACCGUCAUCAUCAAUAUCAUCGCAUGCAACAGCAGCGGCUGCUGCCAGUGGUGGCGAUGAUGAUGGCAGUGAUAUGGAACCUGUCGUGCUGGAGGUUGACUUCAACACGGUGCACAUGAGCGGUGAUGGUGGCGGUGGUGGUGAUGGCACAGCGUCCCCUCGUCCAGGGUCGUUCACACCGUCACUGUCAUCAUCGUCCUCGUCAUCUGUCUUCCUCUCCCGCUCACGCACGAACAGCACCAUCAAUGGCAGCAGUGCAAAGGGCAAUGGCACCAGCAGCAAGCAGCGCACAUCCCACCAUCGCACCACAACAGCACCAACAUCACCAUCCACACCCCUCUCGCCAACCCACUCCCAGUCGCUGCUUCAUCGCUUUGACUUUACCGUUCUCCCGCCAAUACCGCCGCCACCGCACAUCACAGCUCGCGAUCUUGCAUCAGGCGCCGUCGUUUAUCAGGAGGAUGUUGCGGAUUACGUCUCCAGCCCAUACAAGACCGCGGACAUGAAGUUGGCAUACACGCCAGUCAUGUUUUCCUCCCCCGCCAUCAAGCUGGACACAACAGCAAAGUACCAGCAACGGUAG